AACAGUUUAGAGAUUGCUGCCCUCAGGAGGCCCGGAGCAGAAAUCGAUCUCCGCCGCCGCCGUUGCCGAGGCAGAAGCAGAGAUUGCUGCGGCCUGCCCUCCGAAGCGCCUCCUCCGGCUCCGGCCGUCCACCAAUCUAGCACUAAACGGUCCCCCCUGACCAAUCGCCUGACGUCCUAGGCGGAAGCCGCUUCACUGGCACAAGCUCCUGCCCUACUUUUUUUGGGGAUACAAGCAAGUGUGUCAUCUGUGAAUGGGCGGCCGGUGAAUGGGACAGGCUAGUUCUGAAACCACUUGUGUAUCCAAACAGCAGUUUGCAAGUGUAAAGAAAUGCUCUGCUUUUGUUCCUGCUCGGCAAGAUACACCGGUAACCUGUUUUUACUAGAAUAUGUGCAUUUCCACUGGAAAGGCAAAUGCUCAAGCCAAUUAAGAGCUCACCGCUAAGAAUAACCACACGCAGUCCAGUAUAAGAAUAGUAACAUGGAAAAGGAAAAGGUCUCCUAGCUCGUUCAGAACAGUCAUUUACUUCUCAGCGGACGUACGACCGAUGUAAUGUUGGCCCAGGAACUCAGUUUUCUAAGUUCAUGGAUAUAUGUCUCAAAAUUAGUGGGUUUGUGAUUAAAAAAUAAUAUGAUAGGCAUUUUGGUUCAGAAGUUGUUAAAAUUAGCCAUUUUGGACAGGACAAAUCUAUGCCGCCAUGUUCCUCGUUCGAAUUGAUUACAUAAGUUUGCUUUGCCAUGCCAUGAUACUGGAUGUCAAACAGAACCUCAAGCCAAUUAAUUAAGAGCUGACCACUACGAACAUAUAACAAAAUGCAUGCAGGCCACUAAGAAUAACAACAUGGAUGCAUGGAGAUGAAAAAGGUCUACUAGUGGAUUCAGAGCAGUCAUUUACCUCAAAAUUUUCUUCAAAUUUUAACCCAAUAUAUUAAGUCGAGAAUGUAGGGAUCGAUCGAGAUGAUCUUUUGCCUUUUGCUUUAGUUUACUUUCCUUUGUAAAGAAGGAGGUGAUAUGUGGUCAUCAGAUCACAGAUUUGCCUCUCCGUCAAAGUUCAUGUUCUCUCUUUAUCAUGGUCUCAUUUUCUUUUAUAGUCGCUGCAGCAUAGAUCACUCCCAGUUAUGUUAUCCAGUAUGUUGCCUCUUUUCUAUCUUAAUGCAUGGCAUGCAGUCCUCAUGUAUGGAUGGUUCCAAAAAAGAUAUAUAGCGUAUUUGUCUGCAACUUUAUUAGGAAAAAAAAUCUGCUACCUAUAGCAGUAUCAUCAUCCACCGCAAUGAAUACUAGACAGGAGUAUCCUCAUCCAACAGGGUCGUUAAUUAAUUAAGCAGCACGAGGGUUACAAAUAUAUAGACCUCAAUCUUGAAUCUCACAGUUCCACCAAGAAAGAAUUGAUCAUUGUCGUAAAACCAUAUGCAUCAUGCGAAUUCAACUUUAGAUAAAGACCUUUUGGCAGCAUAUGCACAUGGCAAGUUAUCCCUUCUUUGAUCAUGUUGAUCCGCUUUGUCCCUUUAUCCUUCAUCUGUGGGCAGAAUGUAUUCCUUGCUUGUUGUUCUGACCAAGUAUCACAUCUUUGCUCCUGCUGAUGUUUCAGUUUGUGUAUAUAUAAGCAACCGGUGCAAACACCGCAACGUCUCGCCCUUCUGUCCUAGCCAUUUGUUUCCUUGCAACCAAAACUUUAGUCUUGUUCUACAAAAUUCCUUGGUGUUUUCAGUUAUUCUUGCGAUUUAAUAUCUAUAAGAAUAUUACUUCAAUCUGUUUUAUUCUAGUCAUCAUUAAAAAAGAAAAAAAAACUUGGUGUUUUUCUGUCUUGAUUUUCGUUGUUCUUUGCAUAUACAAAUAGUAUUCGUUUCUAACGAAAAAAAACAAAAAAAAAGUUUGCCUAUUCCAUGUCAUUGUCUUUCUUCCACAUUUACAAAUUAAGAAUUUUUUCCUAGUCUCCAUUACAAAAAUAAAACAAAACAAAAAAAAUUCCUUUUUGAUUCUUGUUCUUUCACAUAUACAAAACCGUCUUCGUUUAUAGUGAUCAAUACAAAAAAAUAUAUUCGUUUGUCUUCCACUUUUGCAUUGUUUCAUUCACAUCUGCAAUACAAUUCUUUUCUAGUCACAAAUAUUGAAAAAAAAACAUCUUUGAUUCACUUUACUGUUCCUCGUUCAGAUCUACAGCUGCAAUUAUUUUUUUCAGACCUCAACCAAGAAAGAAAAAAUUCCCUAAAACAAGCAUUUGCUUUCUCUUUGUUAUUGUGCUCUAAUCAAAUCUAGACUUGCUUUUGAUUAAUUUUUCCUUAUCAAAUUUGCUUGCUUCCAUAGUUAUCAAUUCCACAAUAAACACCAAAAAAAGACUGUUCACUUUUUCCAUCACCGAAACUUUUCAAGUAAAUUUGAUUGAUUGAUAAUAUCGAUCAUCUAUUGAUAUCCAUAUUACAUACAGUGAUAAAUUCAGCCAGCAGGACCGUGAAAGGAAGCACUAUAUAUUCGAAUAUUUAUUGGCAGCCUUCAUUUUAAGUCUUGCUAAGUAUUGCUUCCUUUGGUGAUCUAAGAAGCCACGUGUCAUUACACUACACCAAGUUAUUCCUGGUUUUGGAAGUUUUUCAAAGAUCAUACGUAGCUGAGAGAUCAUGCCGUCAUCUUGGUGGGAAAAAUGGCCUGAUACUGAGCGGGAAAAAUGGCGUGAUUAUCUGAGAGAUAUGGAGUUUUGGCUGAAUCAAGACCGCUGGCCUUAUCUAGAUCUUGACGUGGGUGCUCGUCAUGUAUCAUGGAAUGUUGGGGUGGGCCUGUGGCUUCAUUCACAAAAGCCAUAUCAAUCUGGUCUGUGCAAAGACUACAUGAUGCUCAUGCUGGGCCUUUCGAACACGUGAUAAAGGUGGAUUUGUUGCCGCCGUCACCCACGAGGUCGACAUGUGAAGAUGGCUUCAUGAGCAUCAAGCACCAGCUGGCCAUCGCUGCGGCAAAGGAGCUCAGGCUGCUCGAUGUCCAAGAAUACAACAGCCUCAAACAAGAGUAUGAAGCGCAGCAGUACUUCUCCUAUGGGGCCUAUGAUGCCUCUAGCAUUUUGGAUCAUUACAGGGUGACCAAAUUAUUUCGUCCGAUCAGUAAGCAGUUGUCAAACAAGAGGUACUUGCUGGUGGUCGAGCAUCUCCAGCGGCCAAUUGAGCCUAGCAGUUUUACUGUAGAUGUUGGGCUUCCUCCGCCUAGGUGGGCAGAUUCUCACUGGCUCAUCGCGACCACUUCUCAAGAUGCGUAUAACAUGAGUAAGUCAGGAAAUUAUACAGUUACAUCCGUUUAUGAUCAUAAGCAGGUCGUGGUGCUUACCUUCUAUGCACCGCGUCACUCGGCUGAGCACAUAUUCAACAUGAUCCGUCAAGAAAACAAGGAGUAUUGGCUUCAUAUAGCCCUCAAUUGCUUCCACUGUGUCAUGGCGCUCUUUGCCAAACAUUCACAAGCAGCAGCUGUUACCUCGGACGAGCUCAUCCAUCAGUGGGCCGUCCGAGGCAUUCUAUGUCGUACGAGCAUCAAGGAAGAAGAAACUGCUGGCACAUGCAUCAGCAAGUGUGCCUAUAUGCAUCAAGUUGGAAGGGUCAUCCUUGAAGCGUUUCAGAAAUCCUCUUUGUUGCAGCUGCCUUAUUCUCCUGCUAAUGAUGCUCAUGAAGCCACCAGUACUGCUGCACAAUUCUUUGCAUACCACGGCCUCAUUGCAGAAGGCAUCACAAUGGAUGAACUCUUUGAUAACAAGAAGAAAUGGGUCUCCUUCUCUGAUGACCAUGGAUGGCAUGUAAGCCGAGAAUGGUUGUGCCCAGAGAAAACCAGUGGCCCGACAUCACUUAUUCUAAGAGGUUGCGCUCAGCAAUCGCUCAUACUUUCCAAGCUGGACCAUUUCUUGCCCACACUCUCCUUUCUCCGUGCUCUUGAUCUGUCAUACACUUCACUAAAAUCACUCCCUUCUUCCAUCGGUUGUCUAUUGAACCUUAGGUUGCUUUCACUCAGAGGCUGCCAUGAUCUGAAAACUCUCUUCACUUUAUCCACAACUAAUGACACAAACUCAUCACCAAAUACUAGUCCAUAUUCACCAUUGUCCACUCUAUACCAGCUUGAAAUUCUUGAUACAAAUGGAGUUCCAUUUUCUCAUCUGACACAAGAUGUGGCCAACAAAAAGAGCAAUUUGAUGUUCCUUGACAUGUCAUGUUCAGAAGUAACUACUUUCCCUCCCAUUUUUUUCAAGGAAAUGUCAAAUCUUGAACAGCUUAUCCUUGUCAACUGCUGCUACCUUGUGGAUCUACCUCCUUCCAUGGCUGUGCUAUCUAGCCUGACAACUCUUGAGGUCACGAGGACACAAAUAAGCUACUUCCCCCCUGAGAUAUUUGAUGAAAUGCAUAAUCUUCAAUCCCUCAAGUUAAUUGACAACAAGAAACUGGUUUCACUCCCUGAGUCAAUUUCUACGGUCCAGGGAUUGAUUGAUCUACAUAUUGAAGGAUAUGAGCCGACCAUGGUGAAAGAAAUAAAAUUGGAAGGGCAUCCUACCCUAACAUCCUUCAUCUUGAUCCGCGCACCUCACAUAAGACGCUUGUCUUUGCAUGGAUGUAGAAAACUCGAGUCUGUCGAGUUCAAAAAUCUUGAUGCUUUGGAGGAGCUUGAUUUGUCUGUUACAGCUAUCAAGGAGCUCCUUGCUGGUAUCCCUAACGUUCCUCACCUUAGGCGAUUAAUCCUCGUCGGCGUUCCUUCUCUCAGGCGUUUUCCUUGGCAUAGGCUGGAGUGAUUCCCAGAUGUCUUCUACUUGGAUCACUGCACAGAAGGAAAUGGUAAUCACUCUUAUCGUGUUGUCCGGAUGUGUGUUAGUGAUUCCAGGUUCUUCCAUAGCUUCCGUUAAACUUCUGUGGGUUUAGUAAGAGGCGGACGGUUUUUCCAAUCUUUUUAUGUCCGAGUCGCACCAUGCCAUACAAGUAGCAGGCGACAGCAUGAUGAAGAAGGGAUGCUUGAUAACAAGUUGGAGGUGUUGGUGCAGAAGAAAUCAGCAUAUGUUGAUGUAUAUAACAGCUGUUUUAUAGAGAAAAUUGGAACUGCGUCAACGAUUACAUUUUCACUUCACCGAACUGAGCGCCAUGUGGAUAUCAUAGGGAUGCAGUCAUCACUUGAUAGUUUACUCCAUCUUCUGAAUGUCACCAAAUCAUUAUCAGUAACAUAUGACAAUUCUAUGAAGACAUUUGGUUACU